AAAGGCACCAAAGGGAGCUCCCACACCCUUCCUCAGAACUGCUGCCCACAUGCAGCCCCGGACACAGCCCCUUGCCCAAACGCUACCCUUCUCCUUCGGAGGUGCCCCUCAAGACACUGGGCUGCGGGUGCCUGUUAUUAAGAUGGGCACAGGGUGGGAGGGCUUCCAGCGGAUCCUGAAGGAAGUCGCCUACAUCCUCCUCUGCUGCUGGUGUGUCAAGGAACUGCUGGAUUAAUGGUGGCAGGGAACUGCCUCCUCUCCCCACCAGCACCAUGGCUGGCAUCGCUCAGCCCUCAGCCCAACUGCCAUCAAGACUUCUGGGGCCGGCUGUGCUUGACCAAGGAUGGGCCAUAAACAAUGAGUAAAGAGUGACGUGUGGAUCCUGCUUUGAGCUGUGUCAUCUGGCAGAUGUGCCUCGUCUCUGAGCCUCCCUUCCCAACCCCUGCCUUUGGUGGACCUCUGGUGGGCAGGAACUUGGACUGCUCUGGCUAGACCCCCAUUGAGAUUGCCACGGGACCUGGCACUCCUCCAAGCUUGGCACAGUGAGCCCACCAGCUCAGAGGGUUGAUGUUACCAUACCCUCAUAGUACCAAGAAUGGACUGCCCCCCUGAGAUAUCUGUUUGAGAAUCACUGAAUUAUAAAUAUAAUCCAUAGGCCUUGA